CGCGGCCUAGGCAGCAGACAGCACACAUUCUUAUACCUUGCCCACGGUGGCUGCUUUCAUGUCAAGACUCCUUCGAACUUGUUGAGGAACGUUCAACCCCGGUAUCAUCUUCAAGAAGCCGUCAUCAUGCUCGCAGCAAUCUCCAUCCCCACACUACUGCUUCUGGCUAGCGUUGCCGCAGCCCAAGAAGAGACGCCCUCGGUCGCGACCUCGCCAUUCGUCAGUCCCACGCCCGAGUCGGAGGCAAUCUUUACCAUUCAGACCUCUGCUGAUCCGGACCCAUGGUCUUGCUAUAUGGACUGCGUGCAGCCUCCAUGCCCGCCAUGCACCGGUAGCAUGAUGAGCAUCCCACCCGUUACAGAAACAGAGUCUGUCGGCUCAAUCAGCCCUGUCCCUAUGCCUAGCGUGACAGACGUAUCGAUUCCACCCGUUACAGAGUCUGUCGUUACAACUCCCGUUCCUAUGCCCAGUGCAACGGACGUGUCAAUUCCCCCUCAAGAGUCUAGUGGUGUCAUGUCGAUUCCGGCGGGCGAGACACCUGAACCUAGCGCUUCUUCGAGCGGCAGUUCGGGCGCGAGUGCAACUAGCUCUGGUUUACCAGAGCAGACGACGAAUGCUGCCGCGCCCUUGGCCAUGGGUCACGAAUUCCCAAUUGUGGUCGCUAUUGCUGGCGCGCUAGCUUUCCUGUAAGUAUGGAGCUUGGGUAAGGGGUAGUCUGUAGGGCGUUGGGCUUGUCCAGACUAGCAUUCAGUGCCAUGAUCGCGUUGGGUCGCGUCGGAGCCACUCCGUUCGGCAAAACUCAAAGUAUGCGAACAGAUGGGUUGUUGUGGGUGGAGCAUCCGAGCAAAAACCUACUAGAUACAAAAUAUAAACGAAUAAACAGCAUUGCAC